UUGAGUGACUCUGCUGGGUGAAGAAGCGGAGUGACGCUUCAGCUGAACUUCACUGAGACGAACCUUGAACAAGCAUCAGCUUCAGAUCUGCGGAUUUACACACACAGUCAUGCAGUACCAGUCCGCUGCCAGGCCGGUGCCACUGUACGCGCCAACCCCAGUUCAGCCCGCACAGCCGACUCCCUUUUACAUAGAGGACAUUCUGGGCAGAAGAGAUGGCGCAUCAGGAGCGUGCUCUCCGCUCGCACCCGUACCCACUCUGCCCUCUCCGGUGCCCACUUUACCCACACCCGCGCCGGCCUUACCCUCCCCGAACUCGUCGUUCAGCAGCUGGGUUCCGGCAUACCGGGGCACCGUGUACGAGCCCACGGCGGUUCACUCGCACCAUCAUCCUGCGCUCGCUGCAGCCGCUGCGGCCGCAUACAGUCACCCGCUGUACCCGCUCCAGCGCGCGCUGCUCGGGGACUACUCACACGCGCUCAUCAGACACGAGACGCUCGGUAAACCUUUACUGUGGACCCCGUUUAUCCAGCGUCCUCUGCACAAAAGAAAAGGAGGACAGGUUCGAUUCUCCAACGAUCAGACUGUAGAGCUGGAAAAGAAAUUUGAGACUCAGAAAUAUCUCUCACCUCCUGAAAGAAAACGAUUAGCCAAGAUGCUCCAACUCAGCGAGAGACAGGUAAAAACGUGGUUCCAGAACCGCAGAGCCAAGUGGAGGCGACUGAAACAGGAGAACCCGCAGAGCGCUAAGCGCGAUCUCGACGACGAGCACGCGGACAGAAGCUGUGAACUCGCAGAGAACCGAGGCGCGACCCCGCUCCCCGCGCGCUCCCGCUCGCCCUCCUCACACGAAUGCGCACUGAUGGAAUCGGAUGUGUCAGACGAUUCGGACAGAGAGUUGGACAUUGAGGAGGACGUGGACAGUUCUCUCAGCCCCCUAUGAGGAAAAUGUACAUACCAGACCUGUGGACUUUAAUUUAUCUGUGGACUUUAACAGCUUCUCCUUUACUGUAAAUCAAUGAACUGCUGCACUGUAAAUAAUAAUAAUUAAAAGUGUUUUUUUUCCUUUGUCAAGUUAACAACAA